CCCCCCGGUCGGGCUGAGGAAGAAGAUAAGGGAGAGAAAAAAAUAAAAAGAAAAAGAAAAAGGUGAGAGGAUGACAUGUGAGGUCUAUUGGUGGCAAGUGGGACCCUCAUUAACGGUGUUAUCCUGCCAUCCAACCCGUAUUCUCAGUUCCUUCAACCAAACAUGAAAUGAGUUCACUCUGUCCCCAAAAUCAGAAGUGCAACUAAAUAAUUGAUGGGUCGGCUCCGGCCCCAAAAUCUGGAUUGGAUCCAACCCAAUCCAUUAAUCCCGCAACCAAACACACGAAUAGAGGGCCGGAGGGGGCGAGGGGCGCGUGCCGUCGACCACAGUUGGAAAUGGUAGGUAGGUCAACCUCGCUCACCGCCGAGAAGCGUCGCCCGGCACGGUUGCCGUGGCGCGCGGUGCCACACUGCAGACGAUAUAUACAUGAUGCAACCCAUGGCCGCCGUGCGCUGGAGUUUGACUCUACCCGGACCGACAUUCUGCCGGUGGCCUCCGACACCAAGACAAUUAGACAAACACCGCGGCCUCACGCCGACCGACGCGGUUUCCUCCUCCUCUGGGCCGGCCUCUCCACCUAUAUACUCACACGCCACGCCCACACGGCCUCCCCUCACUCAUCAUCUGCAAGCUCUAAGUUAGUCUGAAAGGGAAAGCUAGCUAGCUCGAUAUAUCAAGCCAUGGACGCCAUCUCGUGCCUGGCGCCGCCGGCCGCUCUCCUGGCCACCUCCUUCGCCGACGCCGCCAUCGCCCGCGCGCUCCACUUGUCCAUGUCCUCCUCCUCCCUUUCCGCGCCAGCGCCGCUGCUCGCCGCCGCCCACCCGCCGCCGGCCUACGCCCCGCACCUGACCACCUGCGACUCCGUGCUCGUCACCGAAUCCCCGCCUGGCGGGCGCCGCAGCCACCAGCAGCAGCUGCUGGCGCCGGCCGGGCGCCGCGCGGGGAAGCGGCGGUCGCGGGCGUCCAAGCGCGCCCCCACCACGUACAUCAGCACCGACCCCGCCAACUUCCGGAUCAUGGUGCAGCACAUCACCGGCGUGCAGGCCGAGCCGGGCGACAUGCUGCAGCAGACGGCGGCUGACACUAAGAUGCUGGUGCUGGCAGCGGACGCCAGCGCCGCCGGACUAGCGUACGGGGGGGACCAGCUGCUGCCGAGCGCGGCGGCCGGCGGAGACGAGGCGGCAGCGCUUCAUCAGCAGCCGUGCUUCCCGACGCUGGACUCGUGGAACGUCGCCAUGUACGAGAGGAGCGAGCUGCUCUGACUGCAGUUAAUUGCUCAGUGCUGUUGAUGAUUAGUAGUAAUUAAUUAAUUAAUUAAUUAUAGGACGUACUGUCCUUAGCUGCCUGCUAUCCAGCUGUUGCAGCAUGAGUAUGCAGCUGUCACAACUCUGAAUGAACUACUAAGCCAGCCCAGCUUUUACAUAGUCA